UAUUUUUUGCAAUCUGCAGAUGAUGCCAUCCAUAAAAUUUACUUGCUGUGGCCUAAUGCAAAUCAGGUUGGCUAAUCCUCCUGGGGUGUUUCGGUAUCAAACAGAACCUUCCGAACCUGUUUUAUCGGUACGCAAACACAUGCAGGGCAAAUUUUUGUUUUUAGACUGUCUAUUCUUAACAAUGGAAAUCAUGGUAGAAAGUUGCUGUCAAAAUCACCUACCUGCGUACUAGUUUUAUAACAUGAAAAACUUACAUUGGCAUGGUUGGCCGCUAAAGUGUAAUUUGACGACAAAACAAGGUAUAAUAUUACGGCAGAAUUACGUUAUACGGGAUCAAAAGAUAGAUGCCAAAACCUUUUGACCCCUUUUCACUGCCUGUGAACAACACCAAACACCUAACUUUUAGAACCUACUGCAACCACAAAUGUUCCUAAAAAUCUGCAGUACUAAUAAUUGCAAUGCGGUUUCAAACAUGCAGAACACCAUAUCAGAAGUCCGUCUGUAAGAUGGAGGCAAUAAUUUUUAUAAAUGAACUUACAAUUGCAUGUGCUUGUCAGCUAAGUAGACUUUCCUAAAUGUUGGGAUUCAUUUCCAUUCCUGCAGUGUCUUUUUUAACAUGGCGACUCCGGCUGUAUAUCAUCUGGAAAAAGAGAAGGGAAGUAAUGGACGUGGAGAGGAUCUUCCGCGUACACACAAGUGUGGCGAGUGCGGAAAGGAGUUUCGUCGACUGAGUAAUUUAAAGAUACACAUGCGUUCUUACACUGGCGAGAAACCGUUUAGAUGUGAGGAGUGCGGCAAACAGUUUAGUCAGCUGGGUAAUCUGAAGAGACAUAUGAGAACCCACAUCGGUGAGAGACCUUAUAAGUGUGAUAAGUGUAGCAAACAGUUAAGGGACCAUGGCCAUAUGAAGAGUCAUAUGAGGACUCAUACUAAUGAGAAACCAUUCAAAUGUGACGAGUGCGGCAGACAGUUCAGUCAGCUAGAUCAUGUUAAGAGUCAUAUGCGGACUCACACCGGUGAGAAGCCCUAUAGGUGCGAUGAAUGCAGCAAACAGUUUAGUGUGAUGUGUAGUCUGAAGAAGCAUAUGCGGACUCACACUGGUGAGAAACCUUACAGAUGUGAGAAGUGCGGCAGGCAGUUUAGUCGGCUUGAUAACCUGAAGAGCCAUGUGAUGACACAUACCGGUGAGAAACCCUACCAGUGUAAAGAAUGCAGUAGGAGCUUCCGUACCUCAAGUAAUCUCCGGAGGCACAUGCGAACCCACAGUGAUAGAAGUUCACAGCUACCGAUUUGAAGGUUUUAGGCACCAGGGGGAGAAGUAGCACAAAGGCAGCAUGACAACGAGAAGCCACGAAACUAAUCUGCUCGUAUAUAUAUAUAUAUAUAUAUAUAUAUAUAUACAUAUAUAUAUAUAUAUAUAUAUGAAUAACGCAGGUUCUAUGCUUCGUCCUAGAAUUUAAUGUCUGGGCUGUUAAAAGAGACAUUUACGUAUACCAUUGAUCUGAUUGCAUUCAUAUUUUCUUAACCGAGAUGGCGACAAAAACUUCAAUGUGCUCUUUUUGUUAAAUUUGGGAAAAGUGGUGGUUUCGGCAUGGGGAAGAUUUUUGCCAAAUCAACCUUUGUAAAAAUAUCGAAAAUUAUGUGUAUUUUCAAUUUGUAUGUAGUAUUGAAUACUAGAAUGCCAGAUCGCGAGGUAACUGUAAUUAGGUGGUUAGAAAAAUGUAGGCGUCUCUCUAGAUUUUAGAUAUUUAAGUGUGGAUAACAAAGCUACAUGGUAUGGGCUGGGACUGUUUAUUGAUUUAGAGUAUAUAACAUGCAUGCUUGUGUGUCAUAGACUUACCAUUAACCGCCUUUUUAAGAUAUUGUUAUUACUGUUUGUUAGUUAUUACGAGUUUGUUAUUACUGUUUGUUAGUUAUUACGAGUUUGUUAUAGCUGUAAUGUUAGAUUACAUUGACCGCUCUCUAUAUACAUGUACAAGUGUACAUGAAAUUUGCUGUUGACAUUAUUAAUCAGUAUGUAAACACGACAUGUUUUUGUCGACCAUAUAACAACUGGAAUUCCUCAAGAGAGUUUUUGGUUUGUAAAUAUGCCGUACCUUCAAAUUUAACUCAUCUCUGUCGAUGUUAGAAUUUAGCUGUAAUAGAAAAUGUAACAUGACAUUGAUCAACAGAAUACCAGACAUAUCUUCAAUAAAAUGCAACAUGACUUAAAA